AUGACUGAUGCUUCAAAAAUCAAUGAAUCUUCAAACACGAAUAACAAAUAUGAAGAGAUAAUCUCAAACCUUCCCCAAGAUAAUGGCUGGAAACCAUUUGGAAAACUUUACAACUAUCAAGGCUUUUGGGAUCCCAAGGAUGCCCUUAUUUCUCAUUGGAUUUUUGACAUUAAAGUGAGUGGCAUCGGCUUGGAAUCCUUCCCUCUGGAAGAAGCAUUAGAGCAAUACUGCAAAGGGGUCUAUCCUUUUGGACCCUACUGGGACCAUGUUCUAGGAUUCUGCAAAGCAAGCUUGGAAUUCCCGGAGAAGGUACUAUUUGUGAAGUAUGAAGAUUUGAAGAAUGAUGGGCCAUUCCACGUAACGAGAAUGGCCGAGUUCAUGGGUCACCCUUUUUCGGUAGAGGAAAAGCAACAAGGAGUUCCAGAAAAAAUCAUGAAUAUGUGUAGUUUUGAGAAUCUGAGCAGUUUGGAGGUGAAUAAGAAAGGAAAAUAUAACACUCCUGACUUCUCUACUAUUGAAAACAAAUCUUUUUUCAGGAAAGGUAAAGCAGGUGACUGGAAAAAUCAUUUGACAAAUGAGAAGGCAGAAAAACUCGACCAAAUUAUGAAAUAG